UUAGUGACCUAUACGUCUGCCUCCGCCUCGCUCAAUGUCACCACCACGAUCCACUCCAACGCUCGGGUCAGGGUCCCUGGGGCCUCACGAUAAGGAGAGUCAGGAAUCAGCACAAGCGACAGCGGUGGUGGAGCUAAUGCAGGAGGCCGAUGACAUCCUGCAGGUGUACGAAUGGUUCAAGGAAGCGUUUGAUCAACACAUGGCACAGUACCAUGAUGCAGGCGCGGUUUGGACUGUGACGUGAUGGUGGUCGCAGAGCCAAAGGGUUCAGGUAACGAAAUAAUACUCAGGCAUCAUGGUGAAUACGGCCACUCUCGUAAGGGCCAGCCCGGCUCUACACAUGACUCAGGCGUUAUGGAGCGUGGUGGUAAUGGGGGUGGUUAUACCAAGCAUGAUGGCGAAGGGUCCAGCAAGUAGUGUGAUAAAGAUACAUGUUCACAAUGGUGGGUUUUUCCGUCCUCUGUUUGUAUUCGUCCACCCACCUACACUCCUGCAGACUGUCGUGAAAACUGGUGAUAACAUUUACUGGUGGUAGUGUUGGUUUGCAGUUCCGGCGCUGGUAUACCUGACCCCGGUUUCGGGGGACAAAAAUGUUUGUGCACCCGUACUGGGUUAUUGGGGUUAAUACUAGAUUCUCGGUGUGUUUGCUCUUACUUGUUUCCUCGCUUCUUACGCUUGAGGGGAAACUGAUUAGACAUAGAUUCUCUGGUUCGCGGCCUUCUAUCGUUGGCCACUCUAAUGGCGGGAUCUCUGAUGGAGAGGGGAAAGUAAAGGACGAAAAGUGUAAGAUCAAGACGGAGAGUGGAUAUGCAUUGUUUCCCCCUGGAACCGGCGAGGACCCCAAAGCAUGUAAGAUGAACCAAGCAACUGUCGGACUCGGUGUGAUUCUAUGGUAAACUCCUCACCCUGCAUGCCGUUCAUAAAUUUCUGAUGUAGACCUACAUGCUCCUUACCAGAACGCAGUUGUAGGUGGUAUCAUCUUCCAUUUUCUUCCAUUUCUUUUCCUGGCUAGGUUUUCCUUUUGACUCUGGUGCGGAUGGGAUGGGUUAUCUCCUUUUGCAUUUUAUAAUAUAUCCUUUUGCGGCAUGGAAUAAUGGAGAAUGGUUUUUCAACUUGUAUAACAUUGAGUACAAACGGGGGAUUUCUUGCAUUGGGUUGGCGGCCGAU